CCUCCUUAUCAUGUGCUAUGAGUCAGAGUUCCCAAAAGCACAGAGGAGGACCGGACCAGUAGCUAUAGCUCACUGCAGGAGAGGAGACAAGCAGAGGCGAUACAGAUAUCCCUCCACUAUGGAUCUGACCGAGGAGGAUGACUACGAUUACCAUGACAACCUCACCCUGAACUACAGCUACGAGGACUACCACACUGUGUGUGAGAAGGCUGACGUGCGCUCCUUCGCUGGCCUCUUCCUCCCUGUGGUGUACGCAGCCUGUGUGGUGGUAGGGCUAGCCGGGAACUCCCUGGUGCUAGCCAUGUACGCCUACCACAAACGUCUGAGAAGAACCAUGACGGAAGUCUUCCUAGCCCACUUGGCCGUAGCCGACCUCCUCCUCCUCCUCACCCUGCCCUUCUGGGCUGCGGACGCGGUGCUGGGCUGGGAGCUGGGCCUGCCUCUCUGUAAGCUGGUCUCGGCCUGCUACGCCAUCAACUUCACCUGUUGCAUGCUGCUGCUAGCCUGUGUUAGCAUAGACCGCUACCUAGCAUCUGUUAGAGCGGAGGGCAGGAACCAGGGAAGGCUGGGCAGGGUCUUCACCCGGGCCCACUGUGGGAAGGUCUGCCUAGGAGUGUGGGCUGUGGCUUUCCUCCUGGGUCUUCCAGACCUGCUCUUCUCCACAGUAAGGGAGACCUCUGAGAGGAGGGUCUGCAUGGCCGUCUACCCAGCCAGUCUGGCCCUGGAGGUCAAGGCCUGCCUGGAGGUGGUUGAGGUCUUACUGGGGUUCCUGGUUCCUCUCCUGGUUAUGAUGUGGUGCUACGCCGGCGUGGGGCGUGUGCUGAGGCGGCUGCCCGAGGAGAGCAGGGGCAGGAGGCAGAGAGCUAUCCGGGUGUUGCUGGUCGUGGUGGGGGUGUUCGUGGUCACCCAGUUGCCCUAUAACGCGGUGAAGAUGUGUCGGGCGAUAAACUCGGUCUACACACUGGUGACCCACUGUGGUGUGAGUAAGGCCCUUGACCGGGCGGCGCAGGUCACUGAGAGCCUAGCUCUGACUCACUGCUGUCUCAACCCACUACUCUACGUCUUCCUAGGGUCCUCCUUCAGACAGUAUGUGUUGAAAGCAGCCAAGGCGUUUGGAGAAAGGACGAGGAGGAGAAGAGGGGUGCAAAGAGAGGAUGAAGGAAUGGAGAUUUCCUUCAACUCUCACAACGCUACCUCUCAGGAAACCAGUACCUUCUCCAUAUGAGAGAGAAGAGAGAGAGAGAGAGAGAGAGAGAGAGAGAGAGAGAGGGAGAGAGGAUCUCUUUGCCUAACACCUUUGUAUCACAUGAGAUUCUAGCACUUCUAUAACAUGAGCAGUGGUGGAAAAAGUACCCAACUGUCAUACUUGAGUAAAAGUAUAGAUACCUUUUUUAAUAGAAA